GCUCUCUCAGGCUUUGCACAACAUCCUUGGUCCCGUCCCAAACUAUAUCAAUUUCUGGUUGACAAAACUAAUGAAAAUACAGCAGGAAUCUGGUGGAGGGGGAGUCACUGAGCAGAAACCUGCUUUUAGGCUUUUGGUUUUUAGUUACAUUUUUGCAUUUUAGGCUUAUAAGUACAAAGCUUCUGCAAAACAAGCCUGCCUUUUCUCCUGCUUUGUCUGCAAGUGGCUAUUGGGUGUGCUAAGGCUGGAUCUGCUGUCCCAAACAGUCCUGGUGAAUCUCCUGGUGGAGCAGAUCUUGCUGCCUGGAGAGCUGGUGGGCAGCUCUCCUGCUGCAAAAUGCAUGCAUUUCUCUGCUGCUCUCCUUUGGUCCGGGAAGCUGCAGAAUUUUUUUCAUCUUAUGUAAUGGUCUGCUGGUGUCUUUGCUUGGAAAACCUCUUUUUUUUAUUAUUUUUUUUUUUUUUUCCACUGGAGUGUCAGGACCCCUGUCCUGCCCCUCUUGGGUGGGACAGGGAGCUGCUGGACGGGGGGAAAGAGGUGUCAGGUUAGCAGGUAGAAGAAGGGAGCAGCUCACUCUCCUUCUCCCCCCCGGCUUGUUCCAAGCCCUUCUCGUACUCACUCUCCCCCUUGUAGGAGCACAGAGCAGCUCCCCCUGGGCGACCUCGGGCUGUAAAUAAGAGAAAGGAGAGAGGUGACAAUUUUGAGCUAAUUGCUUUGCCUGGAGUGGUGCGUGUACCGCCCCCCCCCCCCCAUCAAAACCCAUAGCGCGGCUGGGGCAGGGCUGGGUGCGGCGGGAUGCAGCAGCCGUGGGACCGGGGGGACAGAAAGCGGAGGUCGGAGGAUGCUGCUGCUGUGAGAAAGCGCUUCCCAAAGUCUCCGGACACAGCUCUCCGUUCCUUCGGCAGCCGGCAGGGAGCGGGGGAGUGCAGGGUGGCCCCACGGCUGCGGCCGGGAGUGGGGGGAGCGAGGGAGGGGCACCAUGGGGUCCGUGGGAUGUUAAAAUGCAGCAUCAUCCUCCCGCCCCGGCAAAUUCCCCGCGUGUAUGUGUGUGUGUGUGUGUAAAGGGUGGAGGGAGGAUAGCGACCAGCGGCGCUUUGCAGGGAAGAGGAGCGGGGGGGCGGCUGCUGGCCUUGGCUGCACCGCCCCGGAGAAGCGGUGCCCGCCGCGGGGCUGCGCGGAGCGGCCGCGGGCGCCCAGCGGGCACUGCAGAGUCGGCAGCGCUCCCGGUGCAACGCCUGAGCCUCGCUGGAGAAAGGGGGGCACUCGGACGGGAGGAAGGCGGGAGUGAGGGGGGAGGAGAGAAAAGGUGGGGGGGGGGAAAGAAAGAGAGAAAAAAAAAAGGGCAAGGACCCCCCCUUCUCCUCCCUCCUCUGCCCGGUCCCUUCCACCCCCGACACACACACACACACCCCAUUGAUCAAUAUUUGGCUGUCUUGCUGCAACUUGCUGCAGUCUUUUAAAGGAGUAGUAGAGAGAGAGGGAGAGAGAAAGGGAAACUGACAGGAAGGGGUAAGGAGCUACACAUGUCACAUGUGCUUUCUAAGACGGCCAGGAGCAUCUGCAGGCUGGAUCUGGUGGAGGAUGCUGCGGCAGGUGAUACACAGAGGGCUCCAGUCGUUUUUCUACAAGCUGGGUUUAUUCGUGAGCAGGCAUCCGGUGUUUUUCCUGACUGUGCCCGCAGUCCUGACCAUCAUCUUCGGCUUCAGCCUGCUCAACCGCUUCCAGCCUGACACUGACCUGGAGAGCCUGGUAGCCCCCAGCCACAGCCUGGCCAAGAUCGAGAGGAGCUUAGCCAGCAGCCUUUUCUCCCUCGAUCAAUCCAAAAGCCAGCUGUAUUCGGACUUGCACACCCCGGGGAGGUAUGGCAGGGUGAUUCUCCUCUCCAAACCCGGAGGCAAUAUUUUGCAUCAGGCUGAUGUGAUCCUGCAGAUCCACCGAGCCGUGCUGGAAAUGAAGGUGAACUACAAAGGCUAUAAUUAUACUUUUUCCCAUCUGUGUGUGUUGAGAAAUCAGGAUAAGAAAUGCGUGCUGGAUGAUAUUAUUUCAGUGCUAGAGGAUCUGAGGCAGGCUGCCCUCUCCAAUAAGACAACAGCCAGGGUGCAAGUGAGCUAUCCCAACACUAAAUUGAAGGAUGGCAGGAGCAGUUUUAUUGGCCACCAGCUCGGAGGGGUCAUGGAAGUGCCAAACAGCAAGGACCAGAGAGUCAAAUCAGCCAGAGCCAUCCAAAUCACUUACUACCUCCAAACGUAUGGCUCUGUCACCCAGGACCUCAUUGGGGAGAAGUGGGAGAGUGAAUUCUGUAAACUGAUGCACAAGAUGCAGCUGGAUCACCAAGAUCUGCAGCUCUACUCACUAGCAUCCUUUAGCCUCUGGAAGGACUUCCACCAGACCAGUCUCUUGGCCAGGGGCAAGAUUUUGGUGAGCCUCAUGCUGAUUCUCCUGACUGCUACCCUCUCGAGCUCCAUGAAGGACUGCCUGCGUAGCAAACCUUUCCUGGGACUCUUGGGAGUACUCACUAUCUGUAUUUCCAGUGUCACUGCGGCAGGGAUAUUUUUCAUUACUGAUGGAAAAUAUAAUUCUACUCUGUUGGGAAUCCCUUUCUUCGCUAUGGGUCAUGGAACCAAAGGAGUGUUUGAACUUCUUUCAGGAUGGCGUCGAACGAGAGAGAAUCUGCCAUUCAAAGACAGAGUAGCAGAUGCCUACUCAGAUGUCAUGGUCUCCUAUACAAUGACAAGCUCCUUGUAUUUCAUAGCCUUCGGUAUGGGGGCAAGCCCUUUCACUAACAUUGAAGCUGUUAAAGUCUUUUGCCAGAACAUGUGUGUCUCCAUCCUGUUGAAUUACUUCUAUAUCUUCUCCUUCUUUGGCUCCUGCCUGGUCUUUGCUGGCCAGUUGGAGCAGAACCGUUAUCACAGCAUCUUCUGCUGUAAAAUCCCAUCAGCAGAAUACCUGGACCGGAAGCCUGUGUGGUUCCAGACUAUGAUGAAUGAUGGCCAUCGGCAUACUUCUCAUCAUGAGACCAACCCAUACCAGCAUCACUUUAUCCAGCAUUUCCUCCGAGAGCAUUAUAAUGAGUGGAUUACCAACAUCUACGUCAAGCCAUUUGUGGUGAUACUGUAUCUCAUCUAUGCCUCUUUCUCCUUUAUGGGGUGCUUACAGAUUAAUGAUGGAGCCAACAUUAUCAACCUCCUUGCCAGUGAGUCUCCAAGCGUCUCCUAUGCCCUCAUACAGCAAAAGUAUUUCAGUAACUACAGCCCAGUGAUAGGUUUCUACAUUUAUGAACCUCUGGAGUACUGGAAUGGCACUGUGCAAGAAGACCUAAAAACACUAAGCCAGGGGUUCAACACAGUGUCCUGGAUUGAACAGUAUUACCAGUAUCUUCGAGUUGUUAACAUCAGUGCAACCAACAAAAGUGAUUUUAUCAGCAUCCUUCAGAGCUCCUUUUUAAAAAAGCCAGAAUUCCAGCACUUCAAAAACGACAUUAUUUUCUCCAAAGCUGGAGAUGAGAACAACAUAAUUGCUUCUCGUUUGUACCUGGUGGCCAGGACUAGUGAAAACACACAGAGAGAGGCAGUAGAAUUGUUGGAGAAGCUGAGGCCACUCUCUCUUAUCCAGAGCAUCAAGUUCAUUGUGUUCAAUCCUACCUUUGUUUUCAUGGACCACUAUGGUUUAUCAGUAACUAUGCCUGUCUUGAUUUCUGGUUUCGGCAUCCUCCUGGUGUUAAUACUGACCUUUUUCCUGGUUAUCCAUCCUCUGGGAAAUUUCUGGUUAAUUCUCAGUGUCACCUCGAUAGAGCUGGGUGUCCUUGGCUUGAUGACCUUAUGGAAUGUAGACAUGGAUUGCAUUUCUAUACUGUGCCUUAUCUACACUUUGAAUUUUGCCAUAGAUCACUGUGCACCCCUGCUUUAUACAUUUGUACUAGCUACUGAGCACACCCGAACUCAGUGUAUAAAGAACUCCCUUGAAGAGCAUGGGACAGCCAUUUUGCAGAACGUUUCCUCUUUUCUUAUUGGGUUGGUCCCCCUUCUCUUUGUGCCUUCAAACUUGACCUUCACACUGUUCAAAUGCUUGCUGCUUGCCGGCAGUUGCACACUUCUGCACUGUUUUGUUAUUUUGCCCGUCUUUCUAACCUUUUUCCCACCUUCCAAAAAGCACCACAAGAAAAAGAAACGGGCCAAAAGGAAGGAACGAGAAGAGAUCGAAUGCAUAGAGAUUCAGGAGAAUCCUGAUCACGUUACAGCAGUCUGAAAGGCUUAGAAAAAAUAAUAGUUUAUUCUCUUUUUAAAAAAGUGUUGCACAGAGAUGCAGGGAAACUAGAGCAAAGAUCUCAGCUGCUUGUGCUGGCCAGGUCUGACAAGGCAAAGGAAGAUCAAGAAGGGGUAUUCAUGACACAUCAAGGUGCAAACUUUUUUUUAACAGAAAUAAUGAAAGUAAAAAUAAUCUCAAUUGUUUCCUUUGAAUCCUCAUUCUCCACCAGGGAAGAGUCUGUUGACCAUUAAGUGCUCCUGAAUCUCAGCCUGUAGCUCUAAUGGUAAUUAUUUGAUCUGUUGUAUGUAGGACUGAAGCAAAGGUGAAAAAAAGAGUAAACAGUAGGGAAAAGGGCAGAUUUGUUUGAUAGAAUUGUCCGCGGAAAAGAAAAAAAAAAACAUUUCAAAUGAGAAAAGGGAACAAGACCAAGAGAUGAAAAAAUGCCAUGAUAGAUUUUCCUUAUUUUUUUCAGCAAGUUGGUUAAGAUAAAACCUAUGCACUUGGGAAGUAAAUGUUUAAAACAAACUAAGCCAAAGUACUUCCCAAUUCUAGUAUGCCAUGUAUAACUGUAACACCACAAUUAGAGUGUUAUUGUGAGUACGGAUGGCAAAGCUAUACUGCUAAGGGAUAGAGGUACUGUUUAUAUAGGAGAAGAAACAAGCAUAACCAUUUGGAAAUGUAAUGUUUUGUUUCUUUAAAUGUGACACCUGACCUUUAUGCCAAGAGGUCACAGCUGGUACUCAAUACCAUACACAUGUUUGGGUAUUUCUGAAUUACAAAAUUACCCUUGAACUAACAGAUCUCACAAAACUACCCCAGACCAUUACCGCUGCAGCAAUAUUUGCAGUUCCUGCAGUGUAACACUUUUGAAUUCUAAUUUCUCAGUGUUGACAUUAAAUACUGAAUAUUAAUCAAACUGUUGCUUUAAACAUAAUGAUGGAUUGCAUAUCAUAGGCAUAAUGUGAUCAUGGAGCCGCUGAAUGAGCUCUGGAGCACCCGCACUGUAUUAUCAUUAUAUUGAGUCCAGUGGACAAAGGGAUGGAUAUGUUUGCUGGUCCCUGCAAUAUGCUGCAGAAAGUGGGAUUUUCCCCUUCUUUAAGCAAAAUGUCAGUCAAAUAUUUGCCACACACAGAAAAAAAAAAUCUUGUUAAUGUUUGCAGGGGGCUGGAUCAACCCCUAGUUGUAAAAAGACAUAUCAGUCCCCUGUGGGAAGGGGAGGGAAAGGUGAAAUGUCUUUAUAAUGAUUAUACUUGAGUGUUGAUCGUCUGCAACAUAAAGCUUUGUUAUGGCAGUUGAAAUUUCACAGAAGAGUGCAGUAAAUCCACAGUUACUAUGUGACACUAGAAAUUGUACUGUAAAGAACUAUGAAUGACUUUCUCUGCUUUGUAAACUAUACAGCUUAGUAGCCCAAGAGGAGGGAUGAAAACAGAUCUAGCCAUUUCAGUUUGCUCUUGGCCUAGUUCUGAACUGGAGCUUGCCAUGCCCAUCUCCCCUUCAGUAUGUUAAAAGGGCUUGCUUUCUAAACUCUGGAAUAUGGUAUAUCAUCACCUACAUGAGCAAUGUCUUCCUGAAUAUAUAGUACCCAUGAGGACGCUAUGUAAAGAUGUCACUACAUGGAGUGUUUAUGUCUACUUUGUAUUACUUGUGGGUACCUUUACAAGAUGUCUGAAAGAUGUUUGCCUUCCAAAAUGUGUAUACAUGUCUAUUUGUGGCUGUUUAUCUCAGUCUCAAUGUGCAGAGUCUGCUGAUGAGGGUGUGUACAUACGUUUUACUAAAAAGCUCUCUGCAAGAAGUUGAUUCUCUGUUAUGUGACACGUCUCACCUCCUCCUACUGUUUCAUGGUUAGGGAGAGUCAGAGAAAAUUCACCUGCAAUACAAAAAGCCAUUUGAAUGCCAGCUCUAAUGUUCAUUAGCUGCUUCUGUUUCCAAGGAAUGCAGUGCCGCAUAUUCUCUGUACUUUCUGUACUUUGCCAUUAUCAUUUGCCAAAAAUGACCUCUGUGUUUUAGGAGUGGUCAAAGCUCUUGAUUAUUUGAGGGACCUUUUGCAAACAACAGGUUUUAGAGAAAGACAAACUUUCUAGAUAGAUAAAGCUUCCAAAGUUUGAAUCCAGAUCUAAAUUUCAGGUGUAGCUAGAUCAAGGUUAUUGGUUGGUUUCAAGAUAUUCAAGGACGAGCUGCAAAACUGAGAUCUAAAUAGUUUAGUAAGAUUUGGAUGUUUUAAUGUUGGGUUAUGGCUCAGAUGCAUGUCUAGCUGGGAAGUAUUUACUGACCUUGAUUUGCAUCUUGAAGACAUUGUGCAAUAUCCAUCCUUUUUAGAACGGUUGUUUAUGAAUAUUAAGCUUUCCAUACCUCUUCUUACAUUUCCUUCACAGUCUAUACAAAACCGGGUUUGUUGCAGCACAACUGUGACCCUUGGGUAUCAUUUCUGGAGGUGGCCAUUUUCACAUCCGCUCCAUGCAUCACAGGAGAAGUUGUUGGUCUUUUCUUGUACUGCCCAAAUCUAUACCAGGGAUCUCUGUCACGCAUUAUAUUGAGGAAAGUAGCUUUUUCCAAAGCCAUCAAAACCAGGAUUCAUUUCAUCUAACUUUGGACAUUGACAAAGUAGAUAUUUAUAUCUGAGCUCCCUUUAUGGCCACAGGAGAAGGGUAGACACUUCUCACACAUUUUACAGCUGUGCAUCAGGAGUAAAUGAAUCACACCUUAAAAAAUGCAUAUUCCUGUCCAUUGGUGAUAAAGGAAUCUCAGUGUGCUUAGUUCAGACACAGACAUCAGCAACGCAGACUCAUCCAGAUUUGGUGAGAUUAACCCCACUUAAAAUGACCAAAUAUCAAGUGAAAGAGGAAGGAAGAAAUGCUUAGAAACUUGCCUCCCAACAUCUAUUUUAGGGAUAAUUCCCAGGAGCAACUCAGCUCAAAUUUUAUGUUUGGUUAUGAGGCUUUUAUGCGGAACAGAUUGUUUGAAAAUUGCCACUGGAAUUCUCAUAGCAGAAAAUGGUGAACUAAGAAAUCAGAAGAUAUUAAUGUUGAGGGUGGACUCACACAAAUGAACUAGAGUAUGACAAGAUGUCUCUUGAUAUCAUGCAUGCACAGUAGCACUUGUAUAUACCAGGCACAAGAUAUAUAGAUUACGCUCUGGGAAUAGAAGUUUUUUAUUUCUAUGUCAAUAUGGGAGUGGAGCAGAAAACAGAGCAGACCUUUCAUGGAUGUCAUUUGAUUACUUUAUUUAUCAACCUUUUUCCAGAUCUACCAGGGAAAACCAUUGCAGCCAUUACUCCUGCAUCAGUCUCUGUGAACAAAGGAAAACUUUCAAGCUAAAAAAAAAUAAUAUUAUUUUCUUUUGUAAUUUGGUUCACACUGAACUCCUUUGGGGACUGGGAGUCCAUAAUUUUUAAUUCCUUCUCCUUCCUUUGCUCUUUUUGGGCUUCAGUCCAUUUCUAUAAAUUCUACCCUUUUUUGCAGUACCUGUUCAGCUCAACUGGAGCUACAUAGGUACCUAUGAAGAAAGGUCACAGCUCACGCACAGCGAUUUGGCACUCUGAUACACGCUGCAUAUUGGAUCUUCAUUACACUUUUUUUUACAGUUAUCAUAAGUCACUUGGGAUAUUGUGUAUAUUCCUUUAAUGUCUGGUUUUAUAUAUGGUCUACAUAAGCUGCCAAGAACCCUGUGAGCAUUUUCCUACUUGGUUUGGUUUCAUUGCCCCAAAGUAUAUUGGAAUGAAUUCACUGUUGAGAUAACUCUGUUGAAGUCAACAGAUUUAUUGCCAUGACAUAUCUGGCUUUGCAUGCUUUCUAUCUGGUGAGAAGUGAAAUCAUGACAAAUGAACCUCUUAUGUUAUUGAUAUGCUUGUUGAACAAUAUAUCUGUCUAUACUCUAUAGCCAUUGUUGCAUGCUGCAUUCUGAAGUCUGCAGUGAAGAUAUAUUUUCUUUCUGUAAUUUUUUUCUUUCCAUGUUUCCAUACAGGUUCUUUUAACCUUAAUUAAUCUAUUCCUCUGCCUUUUUUUUUUUUUUUUUAAUUAGAAUUAAGUCUUCACCUCUGUAGAUCAGUACCUGAUGUUUCAUAAAUUUAUUGCUUAACAAAGCAACAAACUUCAUGGCCAAGAUAAGUAUGGAUGCAUGGUACCUUGCAUGUAUAGUUUAAUGAGAUUAUCUUCAGGGUUAUCGUUCUCAACCUUUAACUUCAAACAAUUUCUGUUUAGGGUGUAACAUGUCACAUGCUGAUAUCAAUAUACGAAUUCACUUGAACAACAAUAGUUUUGAACUUUUCUCCAGUGAGCAGGAAAAAAACAAGAGGGGUAAAGAAGAAAUAUGAAGUAAAAUAGUUGUGUAAUCGGUGUUCUUUUUUCCCAAAAGACUCUCACUGCUCUACUCUUAAUUAAGUCACUCUGAGUAGUGACUCUAGCAUAAUUAAGAUUUAUUUCAAUGGAGUUAUUCCAUAUUUCACUGUGACAAGAGCUUGGCUUAUUGUCUUUAUGCAAGUACCAUGCUAAGCCUCUUUGAUUAAUUUUUCUGUAAUUAUAAACUUUAAUAAGUUGUUUUUCACUGCAACACUAGGUUUUUGAGUACCUCAAGCUCUCAUUUGAUGUCCUAGGAAAUACUGAAAGGAAGUUAGGCAGUUAGUGAGAAACAGACAUUGUACUGUUGGUGAAAAGGGAUACUUCACAAAGAGGUAGCGUAUCCUCCAGGAAGGCUCUAAAUUAAAAAACAAAAUGAUGUUACGGCUGUCUCAGAAGAUGCAGGUAAAGUGGAAACCAGCUGAAAAAUGUUGUGUGGAGGGUAGUGUAAUCACAUUAUAGACAGUCAAAACUUUGAUUCUUCUUCCAUACCAUCUUACACAAGCAAGAAGGCAUUUGGACAGGGAAGGAAGCUGAAUAUGGAGAGAAGCUCAUCACAAAAGGCUUCUUCUCCCUGUAGUCUUGCAUAAAGCAAUGCCACAGACCAAGUGAGAGCAGAUUCCCCCACCUCAGUAUGGGCCACUCCGUGACCUGUUUCCCAUGUACAGCAAGGAAAGGAUUCCAUCUUGGGUUUCACACACUCUUGGGGAAGAGAUUCAGAGCUGCUUCCUUACCUGAGGAAGCCAUGAACAAGAAAUGGAAGGUGCACACCAGGCUGCAAGCACAAACAGUGCAUAAUCCCGUAGUUUGCUCUCUUCUUUCUUACUAGUUUCAGCAUCACAAUCUCCUGGAGAAGCACAGAGGUACCUACCUACCACUUAGUGCCAGCAUUCAUAAUUUUCCAAGGAGUAACCUGAAAUUGGUGAACACAGCAGCUCACGCGCACACACCUCUGACCAAGAUUUCAGGGGUUUUUUGUUCUUUGAGAGAACAUUUCUCACUACAGAGCCCCACACAUCAACUCACCCACCCGAAACUGGAGAAUUGCAGCUGCUGCUUCUGACACACCUGUCAGGUAAAAGAAAGUUUUCCAGAAGUUCUUGCUUUUAAUCCUCAAGGCUUUCUUUUCUCCAAGUUUUCUGUCUCCUCCGUGGCUUAAAAGUGAAGGACCCAAGGUGAAACUUAGAGGUUCAUCCUAGCCACAGUGGUGUGAAAAGUCAAUGUUUAACCACAGGGUUGAUGUGGGUUGACCUAAAAUGUGCCCACAACACUCUGUACCAUUUUCUUCCUGCUUCUUCACUAAAGAAAAUUAAGUUUUUCUCUCCCACUCCCUGAGGCUAUCUUUCCUUUGCAGCUCAAUUUAUUUUUGUACUUUAAUCUUCCGUGUGUGCUUUCAACCUCUUCAAAAUUUUCCUAUUUAUUUUUGAAAACUCUAAGAGCAUAACUCUGUUGAAAUAAAUGGAAGAUGCUUGGAUGCAUCAAAGUGCAGACUCUGGUACAGAACUAGCUAAUUUAUAACAGCAUUCAAAUAGCUAAAACUUUCUUUCAGACAGGAAAGUGUCUGUAAGAAAACUCUGAAAAUAAUUAAACCUAAAUUUUCAUUUUUCUUUACUUUUUCUCUCAUAAACUUCUGCUCUUUCUAGGUCUUUUUGCUAUAGACAUUUCUUAUUUUCAGCACACUUUUGUAAUAGAAAUGCCUACUUUUUCACUUCUUUUCUUUCUCAGAAAUAAAAAUAAAUGGCUAUUUCUUCAUGCCCUCGAAAAGAAAAUAUUGCCCCUGCUUGGAACGUUUUGUGCCAAGUUUCUGUUCAGAGCACAUUUUCCAGGCUGAAUUAUACAAGCCUCUGGAAACAACUAUUCUGCUGAAAAUGCUGAUACAGCCUUAACUAGAGAAAAAUUAAUUUCACCUCAACAGUGUCCUAUUAAUGCUUAACUUCAACCCCUCUGCAUCAGCCUCCUGGGUACUCCAGGCAGUAUUUCUAACGUAGACUGGUAAUGGUCUCCCUAUUACUUUCAAUGAGACCAUUUUGGCAAUAUCGUCUGUAUAGUCUUCCUGAACACACACCAGAAUCUACCCUGCUUAUGUAAUAAAAUCAUGAAAACAUUAACAUAGCUUCUGCUGGAAAAGGAAUAUAUCCCAGGGUAAGGCAGUGCAGUAGCCCUCUACUGCAAGACUGCUUCUCACUUUCCCAGCUGUGUUUUGAAUGUUGUACCGAGUUCUUCCAUAAAGCACAAAAAGCAUUGCUUUCAUUCCAAUAAGCUACUUGAGAAUAAGAUAUGAAUUAUUUCAGAUUCAGUCAUGGAUAUAUAUAUUUUUUUACAUGGGAGUUUGAGUAGGAAUGUCAAUUGAAUAGACAGUAAAAGUCUCCAUGAAUAGAGAAAUCUUGGUCCAAAACAUCUUCAUUUCUAUUUCUCUUGUAAUUCUGGCAUGAUACUUCUUUGAUCUUAUUUCCUUUCAUCAAUAAGAACUGAACUUUUUUCACACUUAUCACACCGAAGAUAAUUCUGAGCCACAAAAGCAUCCUGUCUGCCAGAAGCAGACUUUCCCUUGUAGGAAAUCCCAUUUGUUCAAACUCCAUGUCAAAGGAGAUUUUGCAACCUCUGGCACAGCAGAAGUGUUAGUAUGUACCUAUACCCUCAUUCCCAAUGUGUAGGCCCAAAUACUAAAUAUGUAGGAUUUGUGGGAUGUGUAAUUUUGCCUCUACAGAAAAAUAAGAGGUAGUUGCAAAAUUCAGUUUUGCAGCCAGAUUGGUUUUCAGCCAUGAUGUCGAAAAGCAAGGAGUGUCAACCUAGCUGCAGUUAUUGUCCUUGUGUGAGAACUUCAGAGCGGGUUCAUCUAGCUGUGAAAGCCUAAAUCAUGAAAGUAUGCAGCCCUGAACAAGAAUUUGUUCUCUUCUCACUGCCUCAGAGAGCCACGUGUGUAAAAAUAAACUGCUGCUGAUCAGCACCAUGAAAGCUGAGUCCCGGGCACGAUAAAGCCAGUGGAACAUAGAACUUAGGGUGCAACCUCUUAAGAUCAAGGCAGUUACUUUUAGAGGUGAUUCCAGGUUUUACAGUGACACAGGUAUUGGAAUUUAAUCUUCAAAACUAUUAAAUAUCUAAGGAAGACCCUUGCACAGCUUAGGUCCAGAAAACCAGGUCUCUCCCCAGCAAUUCCCGGACACAGUCCAGGUGCUGGCAUGGCACAGGGGGCAUUCCCAUCAAACAGCUUGUCUACAGUUACCUGUUUUUUAAACUACAGGAAUGUUUAAUAGUACAGAUAUUGACAGACCGUGCCAGCCUCUUUCAGGGACACAGAGCAACCCUUGACAUUGCUUAUUUACUAGUGAAGUUGUAACUUCAGACACCAAUGCAGCCUAUAUUCAUACUCUGUUCUAUUUCUGAAGAUCUUAAUCUGCCAAAACACUCCAAUAAAUGAUUUAGUUUAAUCAAAUUCUUAAGUCUCAUGGCCUGGGACAUCUUUAAAUUUAAAUGCAUGUUUGAGGAUUGAGCUAAACAAGAAUAUACUUAUCUCUGUGCUUCAAGUUAAAUAUCAGCUUUGCAGAAAAAGAGGCCUUAAAAGUCCUUUUUUACUCAUAACAUACUACAUACUACAAUUAUAGUAGCAAUUUCACAAUAUGUACAAAGCUUGUGCCAAGUCCAUAUAUUUUUCAGGGUUUCAAUUUCCUUGAUGUGAGACAUCUCAGGGACAUUUUAGUGAUUUGUUACAGUCAUACAACACUCAGGCAAGAACAAAGCCUUGCUGAGCAUUUUCCUUGAAAAAUAACAAGAAGAUAUUUGACUCAGAAUGAGAAUACAGUAUUUUAUGAUGUUAAAGCUCAUUUUUAAAAGAAAAAUUGGAACUUUUCAUUUAAUGUAAUUCAUUAUUUCUAUCAAGUGAUACUCUGGAGAAGGGCUGGAUAUGCCUUUGUUACGGAUAAGAGGGGAAUUGUUUGAUGAAGUUAAAUUCAGCUUCACCAACAAAAAAAAAGAAAAAAAGAAAAGUUGGCUUUGUAUCUAGUGUAAAACUUGCCUUGGCAUCAUCUGCUGAUUUUUAAUUAAAGUAAAUGUGAAUGGUGACAUGAAUGGGGCAGAAGUGGAGAAUAAUGAUAUAUAUAUCCUUGGGCUGCAUUUGGUGAGGAACACUUAUGUACACCAGGAAAAGAAAUCAAGUCACCACUCCAGCAGAAACAGAUGCAAUUGCCAAGCCAUAAACAUUGUGAAUAAUCCCAUUGGCUCCAGUGAAGUCAUCAGGAUGUAUAUAUAAAUAUAUGCCCAUAAGUCUUUGCCAGUUUGAGGAUUGGGAUAAGCAGAUAUUCUAAUCUGAGAAGGAGACAGAGGGUCUUAAAUCAGACAUUUCCUCAACAUCCUUAAAAAGGUUCAGUGUAACUGCCUUCUCUUCCUUAUAACACUUUUUUUUUUUUUUUUAAAUACUGUGCCCUGAAACAUAAUCUCAAUAGAAACCCAGGUUCUAUAAGCAUUUAAGACUCUAAUGACAAACAGUGUCUUUUCAUGAAAUAAGUCUUCCCAUGUGAUGUCUGUAGCCAAUACUUUGCAGAAGCACACAACCAGAUAGAAAGUGACCUGUAAAAAUCACAUAUCAAAGAAAUCCCCUCCUGGCUACUGUAGUCAAACAUGAUAAAUAGGUACUGCAAUUCCUCUAGCUGAGACAGACACUUUAAGAUGAGGGCCCUUGCAUGCACGAUAUUAAAUGCAUGAUGGCAGCUACCAGAUCUGGUGAACAGCCCAGGAUAACAAGUUCAUAUGCUUGAGAGCACACUUCUAAAGUGGGGUCAGAGUAAUCCCUCUGAGGCAUCUCAGCUCACUGAAACAAAAAUGUUGAUAAAUAAUUUUCAGGUGAUGGGCAGUAAUCACUUUGACUUUUCACUUUAUUGGUUGGGGGCUUAAGGUGGGUCGUUAGGGCUCCAGGGUGGCAGCUGGGUGAUUGGAGCAUUACAAACAACACAUUGUGAGCAGCCAAGAGUCACUACAAAAAGGACUGAAUUAAGCAAGUACUGUAGGGAAGAUGAAGGUCAUAUUUUCCAAUGGUUGUGUCCAUUUGCACCCUAAUUUAACAUAUGGUUUGUUCUUUCUUUUUUUAGCCCAUAAUGGUCAACUUUUCUAUCUCCUUUUAAGUUGCAGAAUUUGCUUGACUUUUUUUUUGUAUGAAUUUAGCAUUAGGUGUUUAAUUACUGGAAUUUCUCAGGUGUAGGCAACUUUACUAUGCUAUGAAUAAAUUGCAUAAGUCAACAUUGGUUAUCCUCCCUCAUAAAGCUCUCUUGUUGCUGAAAACUGUUAAUAUUUUUCAAGGUUAUACCAUGACCAUAUUUGUAUAAGAGCCUUUUACUGAGCUUGAAAUUCUAUACCAAAUCCUUAUGUCUUUGAAAGACUGAAAUCUUCAAUAAAAUAUAUUACUCUUAAAUAUUAGAAUUUUCCUUUUCUUUAACAAAAAGAUACUCAGUAUUAAAGCAUAUUACAUGACCGCUUUGUCACGUGCCUGUUCCCUUACAUUUAGUUUUAGAGGAAAAAAAACAGGGUUUCUUUUAAGAGAAAAUGUGAAGCUAAAACCUCAGGUAGCACCAUGAGUUGUCACCUCCUUCCUCAAAAGUGGUUCAGGGAAUCUCAGGGCUUGGGAAGAACAGGUCAGAGCAAUUGGCAACCCUGAGCUGGCGUAUUGUCCCCCACAGAGUAUCACCAGACCAUUUACAGCUGCCAUGAAGCUAUGCUAAAUGCAACCGAAUGUUUAAAUUUCCCAGACAGAGCUGACUAGACAAUGGCCUCUAUAGGACAUAACCUAUUUCCUUUAUUCACCAACUGCUCAUGUCAAUAGCUCAUUUCUCACCAAAUUCUCUCGCACUUUCACAUCCAGCCUUGUCUCUUCUUCUCCACAAGCCUGGUAGGUCUCAGCUCCUCUUCCCUCUGUAGCAGAGUUGGGGGUUCAAGCCUUUUCAAUGGAAAUGCACAGAUUUUCUCUGGGGUAUGGUUUUCUCAGGUUUUCUCUAACCAUUUCUGGGAAGCCUAAGGCAACGUGCCUAUGUCACACUCAGCGCUGCCCCAUGACUAUGAGGUCUGACUCCAUCUCUGUGCUAUCACACCUGUCUUGGUCUCGAUAAUGAAGGUAGUAGCAUAAGCAUCUCUCAGAUCCUUGAAUAGAUUGUGAGCUUAGAGGGACGCAUCAAAUAAUGCAUUUCGUAUGCAGAAAUCCCUCUACAUCCAUCCAGUGCAAAUGGUAACCUUUGGGAUUUGUCUUGAAGUAUCUGACUGUAUCCUGAAGUCCUGGUCCUUAGUACCCUGUUGAGCGGAACCCUACUGGAUUAAUACUCUGUCCUUAUCCUUGGACCUGGUUUCCUUUCAAAUGGAAAGGAGGCUAUGAUACAGGAUCAGAGAAUACAACCUUGUUAAUCAUAUUGGAGAGGGCACCUGACCUAGGAUGUAGGCCUGUCCCUCUUUGUCCGGCUAUUUUCCACAGAUACACUUAUUUUCUGUUUCUAAAUCAAUCACCAUUUCCCCAGGUGAGUUCCAAAAAAAAGGAUACUGCUAGAAAACUGUCUCUGCUAGGUGUUGCUGAGGAAAGGCUCCUUGGUCAAAGGAAAGUGGCUAGUUGUCGUCUCAUAUGGUGAACUGGUAACUGUGUUUCUGAGAUGCAAAUCAUCUCCACUGUCAAGAAUGGGUAAUACUGAGUGCAAAAACAUGUGCUAGUAGAAUAACACUGAGGUUGUCCAGUCAAAUUGCAAGAAGUCAUUAAAUUACUUCAGUUGAAAUAUUAUUUGCCAUUAAAAUUGUACAUCUCUUGUUGAAAAUCAGUAGUCGUACUAUAGCAAUUGACCAAGUUUCUCCCUAGAUAUUCAGGACUACCAAAUACUAUACCCUACAAGAUACAUACUCAGCUGUAGCAACAUAUCUGUGCUGAUCCCACAUCAAAAGCCCUCUUGUAAAUCCAUUGCACAGGCUCCUCUGGAAACUAAGUUAAUUAGCUUAUCAGAAUGAUUCCUGCAUAUACAGCUAAGAAUCUCAGUUGAUACAAGUUUGUCUGAAUCAUACAGCUGCAAAUGAAGUGCACUUCCCCACCAAAUGAGAACUUUGUCCUCAAGUUUGUAUCUGACUUAAAUAUGUCAUUAUCAGAAAUGUUUAACCAAUCAAUUUACUAACAUUGCCACAAGACUUUCAUUUUCUUCCAUUUGCAGUUUUUAGUUUAUUUAAUUGCUUUGGUGUAAAGGACACAUUUUUGUCCAUUCUUCUUCUGUCAGAUUUAUUUGAAGGGCAAAUAUAAUAGAAUUUUCCUUGAUUAUAUCAUAGCUAACUUUACAGUCUUGCUUGGGACUAGAUGUUCACAGCAGCCAAAAUGAAUGAAGCAGAGAGCUACUGUUGCCUCAGAGGCUCUGGUUUUACACGAAACCAGAAGUCAACAUUAUUUCUCUUGGCCUGAGCUAGAUGCUGCCACUUCUGCUCAUGUUGAUCCUGUGCUAGUUUCGCUUUCAUGAGAGAGGAUGCAGAUUUGACCCAAAGUAACAGAGGUUCCCCAAAGAAUUAAUGUUCCUCUUUUUUUAAUUCAUUUUUUAUAAGGAAUGCCUAGUCCAGAAACUUCAUAAAUUGUUAUGAUUAAGAAAAGGUAGUCUAGAACUGUGGUAGGAAAUUGUAUUCUUCAUUGUCAAGGACGUAGAAAAGUUUGACAAGUUUUCUGUGCAUGUUACAAAUAAAACAAUUAGAGUCUCUUUCAGCCACCAAGGCCUUAAACUCCGCUGAGCUCCAAGAAACAAGGGUAUCGUAUGCCUGGCUAUAAGAAAGAUGCCCCAAAUGCCUGAGACUACAUUCAAGUUUGGUAGUGGCCGUAACAUGAUGAGGGCUUCUGCAACUAUAUUUCUACUAAAAGCAGAGAAAAGCUCUGUACAAAUUUUGCAAACAAAUUUAGUUUACAGAAGAUCGCCAACCAAGGAAAGUUUCUCUCUCUCCCAACACAGGUCGGGUCUGGGAAAUUCUGAUGAUAAAGAAAAAUCGAUGACAAGAGAACUGUCUUUCUGUCUUUCACUGAUAGGUCUGACCUGCUGUUCAUAGGAUCUCGUGUUUGUAGCUGGUCACUAUCAAGAAACAGCAAUUACUGUUCUGGUAGAGAAAGUCACUUAGUUGAGAAUAGCGGGGGUUUGCUAUGUUAGCUUAUAUUGGUACUUAUACUGCCCUCCAGUGAUAAAGCCAGUUGUUCCAAUCUGAGUUCUAGUCUUUUGUAGCAGCUUGUUUCUAGUCUUUCCUCAAUUCUUGCUGAAAACUGCAAUUUCCAUUCCAGAAUUUUAGCCAGUUCUUGUCUAAAAAUAAUGACAAUAAUAUAGUUCCAGUUAUUUUAAUUUGUAAUUUUUUGAAAAGUAAAAGUAAAUGCAGAUCAAUAUAUUGUGAGAAAUAAAAGGUAGCAUGGAUUCAAAUAUGAAAAAAAACAUAAAUACAUAAUUUUGAACCUACUAAAGUAUAAACUGUCACUAAUUAAUGAGAUUUUUAAUUGAUUCUUUUUUAUAAUGCAGCUUGACUUUUUACUUUCAAUUCUGCCCAAAAAAUGUCCGUUUGCAUUGUUGUUAUUCCUGAAAAUAACUACAUUGUACUCUCAACAUUGGAUCUGUAUGGAUUUUGGUAGUGUGUUGAUUGAUGGAACUUAGAUGUGUUCUGAGUUGUUGGCUCUCUCCCACAUACCUCAGAAAUCAAUGCACAGUGUGAAAGACAAGUGGUGUCUUCACGGCAGUGUACAGAAAAAUGAUGCAGUGGUUGUUUGCAUUUGAAGUUUCUAGGAGCUCAUGUCAUCAUGCGACAAAAAUAUGUAUAUGGUCCUGCAACUCAAAAGGUUGGCACAGUUUCUUAGGGCGAAUGAGGUGUUUCAGAAACAUUAUUGGUGAUGGUACUAUAAGAACCCAUAAUCUACAAUGAACUGAGCUAUAUCCUGGUUGAUUGUGGGUGCAUGUAUUCAUAGAAGCAUUAGAGACUAGAAAAAACAUUUAGCAUAUUUUCCUCUGCCCAUCUCAUUCAUGAUCACUUUUAGAUUUCUAAAUGUAAUGUGCAUUUUGCCUAGGAAUUCUGUAGUUGUGCUGAUGGGUGUUUCUCCAUUUCAGAUCUCAAAUAAUACAAUUAUCUAGUGCUCUUUCCUAAGACACAUCACAGAGAUGUGACUGCAGCUCAUAUAGACGUAUCUGAGUUUUAGAGUACAGGAUGCAAACAAAACAUUUCUGAGAAGCUAAGUGUCUGCAUGAUUUAAAAUCAGAAAUCCCUGUUGCCCAAAUUAUCAGUAGUAACUAUACUAUCGCUGUUAAAACUAAAUUAAACUGUGUCUCCCACACACAUUGCGGCACUCUGGGUUUGCAGGACAGGACAGGUCAGUACUUCUGUGGUCUAAAUCUGAAGGAGGUGGCAUGAUCUUCCCUUGCUGAAGUCAACCACAAGCAGCUGCUGAAUUUGUCAGGUGUAAGAUCAGUCCAGGAUAAGCAGCUUUUCAACUACAAUGUAAUGAUCAGAGACACAGCGUGAGGUGUUGUGUCCACAAGAUCACACUAUAUGGAAAGAAAUGUUUUCUUGCAUUUUAUUAGACUGGGAUGGUAAUAUUACCAAUUCUUUUGGUCUAGAAUUCUCUGAAAUGGUAUUGAACAAGAGCUCGGACAGGACUGUGUAACACCCAGGGAGAAAAAUUGCUCUACAGAUCAUAGUCAUUGAAAGAGUUAAUAUCUGAAAAGGUUUGCAGAUUAUCAUCAGGGCUUGCUGGAUUUAGGUCUGGUUUUCAGCAGGCAGCUCAGGAAAUUGUUUUAUGUUAACAGAUGAUGUGCCCGAAGGUAGCAUUGAAGAAAAGGUCCAGGGAUGGAAAAAUACGAGACUCAAUACUGUGCUAGCAGUUUUUACAUCCUUUACACAAUUGGAGCUGCCCUCCUAAUCAUCUCAAUCUGGUCCAGGUUAAUUGAAGUCUUGGCAGCUGCGAAUCAGUCUCACACAUUUUCUGCAUCUCUGCUAAUUAAGAGAGUUUUCACUUUUUAUAGUUGCUUUAGUAUUCAGAGCAAUUUGCCAUGGGCUAAUUAUAAUCAUUGAGUGAUGGCUUUAGAAUUUCAUGUUUGUGAUGACAUUUUAUCACAUUAAAUUGGAAUCCAAUAACUCUUCUUGAGCUAUGAUAGACAGGGAGGUCAUGUCUAUUUUGGAUGUUAUCUACUGUGUGAGUUUGUGCUGAUAUUAGGCAGCUACUACAUUUUCAUUCAGAACCAGUAAAAUUUCUUCUAUUCUUGAACUGAACAGACUGAAAACCCAGUUAAUUCCUGGCAGAGGAACACAAAAAACACUAAGUUCAGGAUCCAGGGCAGAAGCCCUUUACUUUUAUCUGAUAGAUGCUCUUGCUUUGUGCUGUUCAGGUGAACUAAAUACAAGAGGAGAUGGCAGAUACGAGCCAAGACAACACACUCUUUGCAUCACUACUCCUUUAUUUCCAAAUCCAUGGCAUUUUAAAAGCUUAAUCACCAAUGCAGUGUGGAAAGUCUUCCGUCCCCUCAAGCUGAAGGAGCAUGUAGAAGAGCUCAGUCUCACAACACAGUUGUUGCUUUUGGCAAGACUGAUCCUACAGUGUGCAAGGGAAUAUAUUUACCAAAUUAAAAAUCUGUACAAAUCCAUAGCCUUGCAUAGAGUAUUUCUACAUUGAGCAGUGCUUUAAUGAUAAGAAGACUAGGCAGCUUUGCAAGCAUGGCAUCAUGCUGGAGCUAGUUACUCCUGCUCAAAAAUAAGGCUAUCACGUAACACCACACCAACACAACUAUGCCACUUUCAAAACCAAUCUAGUAGCUUUACACAGAUCUUACACAAGUAACGCUGGUAUCUCUACACCCAGCAUAGCUUUACAAGCGUAAAUAUUCCCACUUUUGUUCAUAUCUUUCAAGCACAGGCUCAUACCUCACUGGCAUCUGUGGGAGAGAGGCAUGUGCUUAUGAGCUUUGUUCAUUUUGUUCACAUGGGAUUUGAGGAGUUUAUUGAACUGUAAGUAACUGGAUGUUUAAUUCCUUCUAAGGCAGUAAUAAAUACUAGUUGCAAAUGGGAUUUGCUUUGUUCUUGGUUGAGAAAAACAACAACAAAACUAUAAAGCUAAAAGUGAAAUUAAGCAAUGUAAAGAAGCAGUCAUAUCAUAACUUCUUCUUGGCUUUUGGUUAAAAGAGAAAAUGUUUCUGGGUACAGAGGAUAAGAUUAAGGAAACAACUCCAAGCAAUUUAGAAUUUGUUGAAAUGCUUCUUUUUCAGCUCAUGUGAUGCUGGAGCCUGAUUUUCCUGAUUUUUAGAUAGUCUUGAAAAUUUGUAUCUAGGGGGCUUUCUUGCCCAGGAAAUAACAUCAAAGAUAAUGAUGGAGUAACUAUCACUGUAAAUUUGAAGCUUAGGACUUAUGACUGAUCAUAUACAUCAGGUUUGUAUUUCUUAUGUCCACAGACAAGGUAAUCUCUGACUAUGCUCUGUUGUGUUGUACAGAUCACAGUCUGUUCUUAGUAGUUGACAAAAUAUAAUCCUUUGAGUGUGUGUGUGGACGAGCUCAAAUUUUAUCUGGUUUGUUUCGUUUCUUCUGUGCCAAAGGGCCAUGAGAUUUUGGGAAGCCAAUGCUUUCUUGUGUCAGCUCAAAGUCAUAAUACUUAAGGAAUAAGUAUUUGGGUUUGAAGGUAAUGAUGUCAGCAGAGGUCAGGAGAAACAGAUUUGGCCAAAUCCCUGAAAAAUACUGCUAAACAUCUGUUUCUUGGGGCUACGCAAUAAAAUGUGCACCUGUGGCAGUACAGAACUGCUAUUCUGGAAAACCUCUCCAGGCUCUAGCAUUUUCAGAAUAGAGAGUUUCAGAGUUAUGCAGCAUUUUAUUUCAAAGAUGCUUGCUAAUAUCUCUCAACACAUGGCUGGAAGUUUGCGGUCUUAAUAAUUUUCUCAGAGUACAUCUUAAAAGAGAACAACUCUGAAAGAUUGCACAACCCUCAGAGUAUUUCUAAACCUACAACUGCAGAAGGCAGGGAAAAACUCAUUCCUUUCCUACAUGUAUAAUGCUAACACCAGCGAACAAAAAGAUUGAUAGAAAUUCAGAGUAGCAGAUCUGUUCUUAGAGUUUUAACUUUUUUUUUUCCCCUUCCUGGCAAUUAACCAAAUUUUGGAGGCUGCAGUCAUUUCUUCUGGCAGAAAAAAUCUAUUUCAGCUAUUCAGCUAUUUCUUCAGUGUCCUCCUCUUUCACCUAUGAGACAGGAGGAAGCAGCUUCUCUGCCUGACAGAAUGUGCUCUCUUUUCCACCAGUUCAAACCAAGAAGUUUUCCAUAGCCAUUUUUCAGAACCACAUGCCCAGUCUGGCUAUAGUCUUGGUUAUUUCUAUGUCUUCACUUUCUUGAUGUCUUCUCCAGACUUCCUAUCUAUCUUUCCCUCCCACACAGAGUUUCGAACACCCCAAACCCGUCAAGCUGUCCCUUCGCAGAUAGACCCUGUGCUUUCUGGGUAAUAUCACAGGCUUGUGAUGGAUGGAGAUGCUGGGAGUUGUUUCAGCUCCCUGGUUCAUGUAGCUGUAUACCUCAUUUUACUGUCUUAGCCUUCUUUUUACCUUUUCCCUGAGGCAUAUACUAUGUGACCAGUUAUGCAAUAUGGCUGGUGGUAAAAAAGCAUCUCUUAAGGUAUGUGGCAUGCUUAGUAAUGGUCAGGCUCAGCCACAGUGUUAUCCUUGGCUUUUCAGUAGAGAGCAGGGCUUGUCCUCUCAGAGCUCUGAAUUCAAGGUUUAAUGUAUACAGACAGCUGAGACCAGAGUUGCAUCAGGGAGAUACUGUACUAUAUCUACCAGGCAAAGUAAUUAAUCUUUCAUUGAAAUCCUUUUUCUUGCCAUCAGCAAUUAUUUGGCUAUUGCUGUAAAUUAGUAUUAUAACCGUGAUCAUAAAAAUGCAGUUACACUGACAUAUAUUUCCCAUCUAUAUUCAGCCAGAGAGAUAACAGAAAACUUCCUAAAUGAAAAGGUAUCCAUUUCUGUGUAUAAUGCAAGGUAACGUUAAAACCCUCCCCUGAAUCAGUUUGUACAUGAAUGGAAUACAAAUAAGGGUAACUAAAUCACAUUUUUUUCUGACACCAUUCUAAUGGAAAAGCCUCUGUUUAAAGACAAUAUAAUUGGUAACAACUGACAGCUUGGUAGCAUAUUAUUUUUGUGUAUUUCUGUAUGUUAUUAUUCUAUCAUUUGUCAAGCAUUUAAUUUACCCCCUGGCAUUCAAACAUAGGUGGCCCUUCUUUCUUUAAGAUUUCACUGGGAUAUUUUACAGCAAUAACCUCUAAAUAGCACAGUUUUCUUGUGUUGUCUUGGCCAUCCUGUUAUAAAUAGCUCAUCUCCCUAGCAUAACUUUGCACUUAUGUUCUCAAUUAGCCAAGUUUCUAUUUUUAAUUCUUCCAAGGAAUUCCCAGAGGAAUAACUCUCUUAAGACUACAGAGUUAUAAGGGAUCUCCUGCUCAUAAAGUCUAACAAGUAGUCCCUUGACAGCUGAAUACUGGAAAUGUGAUUCAUGUGUUGAAUUGCCUCAAAUAGAUAUGGCUGAACCAAAAUAGAAGUUCCAAUGUAACAGAAACCCCCUUGAAACAUUGACAAAAGUGUAAGCAACAUCCAUAAAGCACUAAUGACUCAAGCUGGCCAACAUCUACAAAAGUUAGGAAAUGAGGCAUGUUUUUUAAGAGAUAUCUAAAGAUGGUGCUUAGAUACCAUUCAGGCUUUAUGUUUAGGAGCUUUUAAAAACCCAGUAGAAAUGUACUUUUUCCAUCCUAAAGUGUUUGAAAAGCCUGGCUGUACUGUACCUACGAGCUUGCCUCAUUAGUAGAUGUCUCCAGACUGAGAGAGCUUCAAGAGGACAAAUUUUCAGAGCUUGUACUUUCACCACUUCUGUAGCCAAUAAGGAAUAUCUAAUCAAGGACCUGAAAAUCCUUAGAUGUGCUUGAAUAUCCUGGCCAUCCUAGUGUUAAUGGGAGAACACAAAAAAUGUGAAAUUGCCUAGAGAUAAAACUGAAAUAGUCCAAAUAAGUGUCACUGAUUUUGAAGAGUGCAUUGCAGAAGGAAAUGGGAAGCAAGGACAGUUAAAAAUGCAUUAAUAUUUUAAGAACACAUUCAUUUUUAAUAACGUAAGGUAUAGAUUCCACUACUGAUGCAGAUAAAGUCAAUUUAAGGAGGCUUUCUUUAAAGUCUUGCCAGAAUUCCUUUGAUGCAUCAACCACCUACCUUCACCUAAUGGAAAAGAAAGGCUCAGUCCUAGACCUGAGCAGAGACUCAAUGAAAUCAGUCACAUUAUCUAGAGCUCUACCCCAGCUGACUCACUUACAUGAUCAGCUACUCAAAACCAGUAAAUCUGUAAUCUGCAAGAUUAGUCCAAGCAAAAAUUUAAUCCUGAUUACAUCACAGUUUAAGUGCUCAAAGUGUAAAUGCUUUGGGAAAUACACGUGACACAUCUGUGGAAAUUCCAUCUAAGUGGAGCAGAGGCAAAGGGCAUACAUAGUUGAGAAGAAAAUAAAUUCUCUUUACAAAAGCCCCUCCUGUGUGAGCUAAAGCAGAGAAGCCCUACGAGCUUUUUAAUACUGAGGUAGCACAUUGCUCUCAUCCCCUCUGUUCUGCAGGGGUCCUGUCCCAUCCUGACAUGUCUCUGGUCAGCAAGAAUUGUUUCAGAUAUCUCACUGAUGACUGAAGAGCACUCAGCAUGCAGACGUGACUUUUAGAUUACACCUUAAAAUCACAGAGUUACUUGCCAGAGAAACUAAUCGCAUCCAUACAAUCAUUUAGGUCAUUCCCAAACAGAGACAAUCUGGAUCUGGGGAUUUGUUUUCACUCUCUGAAGAGCCUGGGAUUAGAUGUAAAACUGUGUCCUCAUAUGAUUUGUGCUUCUGAAUUUUGUUUUGAAGUUUAGGAAAAACUGUAUCUGAAUGCUUGCUGUCAGGAGUUGAAAACCACAUAAAUGAGAGCAGAACAGAGAACGUCAAGUCACUUUAUACCUAGCUGAGUAAGGCAAGAAAUACAGUAUAUUUUUCGCUGUGGCCUGAAACUCAAUAAAGUUUAAGCAGAGCAAAGCAAAACAGGAGCCUACCUUUUAAUUAGAUAAAGCAGACAGAACAGAAAAACUAGUUCUACAUCAACAGCCACUAUCAAGAAUACAUUUUUACAGGCAUCUCUGACAUAGUUAACAGCAUAAACUAAAACCUUUGAAAAAUGAGGUGACUGUGCAGACCACAGAGAUAUGAGAAACUUGAUGACACAAUAAAUACUUCCACAGUGUCAUCAGGAAAGACAGAGAGAAAACUUAUGAGGUGGUGUGCGGCUCUUGGGUUGUUACAAGCAGAUGCCAUUAAUUUCUCCAAAAUCAAUAGCAACUAAAGGAUUCAAAAUUUCUAAAGUGUGCGAGAGUCAGAUCUAAGGCUUUGGAUAAGAGCAUAUCAGCAAAUUUCUCUCUUUUUAUGUGAUCUUAGUAGCUGUGAAAACUGAUGGACUGACAGUCCUGGAAACAUAAUAUCAUGAUGUAGCCAGAGGAGAGAGAAAGCGUGAAAUGCCAGAUAACACAGUGAAGAGUGUAUUGAGGAGCAGAUAGCAAGAGAGCAGGAGGGUAGAUACAGCAACUGAAUAAGAGGACAUCGUUAGACUGUCAAUCUGUAUGAGCAGCCUCUUGAAGGAGUUGUGAGGAGUUGUGCUGAGUUAUUUUGUUCUGUGAGAGUAUAUGCCUCUCUGAAAGAUAUUUAUGUGCUCCUUAAUGUCCACAUCUCGCUGCUCUUGUGCAUUGCCCAUAGUGCUAUAUUUGUGUGAACACUUUUGCAUGGCUUUAAGUAAAGUAUAAAUACUCUACUAACUCUGAAAUGGGGUUCUCCUGGACAAGCCAUGUUUACAUUGCUAGCUAUUGAAAACUUUUUUCUACAUGGAAGAAUACAAUUAUUUAUGUACUGGUAUUGCAAACAUCUCUUGCCCUGAGAGGAGUGUGUCUGCAUAUUUAUUUGCACACAUGCAAGGCAAAUUCUUUGUGUAAAGAGGUGCCUAGAGUUAAGUUUUUCAUUUACUGUAGGUAUGUCCUACAUCACAUUGCACUCAGCAACAUAACCUCUGAAGUUUUCUCUGUGUAAAGUUUGAACAAAGAUAAAAUACUAACUAAAGCGGCCCUGGGUGGGAAGUCUCCUCGGUUGAGCUGUUGGCAAGUUCUCAAAGCAGCAGUGGAGUUUCUGCUCCCAUCGAGGCUUUUAACCAUGAGCAGAGCUGGGGAGAUUCCCUAAAUCAAAUGCAGAAACAUCUGUCCUCAACAUCAGCUCAGCACUAAACCCCGUUUGUGGAUGAUACUCAGCACCUUGUAAGAAUUAUUAUACAAAGGUCUGUUUCUCCACUGUGUAUUUGUCAGGCUCUGCAGCCAAAUGGUGCAUCUGUAGUGCCAAGGUGGUGUAUCUAUGAAUACUCCUGAACAAAAUGGUCACAAGAGCAUUGUAUCCCAGGGGACUUGCAUUGGAAGUGGGGGAGAGGUAGUCCAGCUCUGAGCCAGUCAGGAUGCUCAAACUAUAAUCCUGAAGAGGAGGCAGUGUGCCGUGAGAGGGGAUUAUAGUUUAAUGUCCCAAAGACAAGAGCAGAAAGAAUUUGAGUAAGUUCAACAAACAGAAUCAAAACAUUGUGAUGCUGAAAAAUUAAAAUGCUCCAUCCCAUUUCAAACACACCGAAGUGAAACAUUUUAAAAUCCAUCCCUUCCAGGAUUUAAGAAUAAAAUUAAGAAUAAUAAUUACUAUGUUGUAAAUAACAAUAGUAAUAGUAGAAAACGACUUUCCACCCCAAUUUGUAAGAAAAGCAAGGGUUGAAAAAACAGCAAGACUAGAAACUGAUCUGUGCUGAACCAUUAGUUGUACAGAAGAGCUCACAGGGCUCCACUGUCUCAGCUCCCUUGAAACUAAAAAAUAUAAAACAACAAAACAAAGAUUGCAGCAAGGCAGCUACAACCCCAAGAAGGACAGGGAGGGCAGAUGGAUAAGGACAUGUAGAGUGAGGCAGAAGAAAUAAUGAAAUAGUGCUGGUGAUAGUUACUCAUGAAAUCUCCCACGCUGUACUACCUAUGUGAUAUCUCUCCAGUACUGGUAAAAUUUAAAUUAAUAGAAUUACAAUGGAUUUAUUUUAGGGAAAAACAAACAAUCCAAAAAAAAACAAGCUAAAACAAACAAAUAAAAAAACAACCCUGAGUAGAUAUCCAGCCCUCACAUUGCCCUUUUACUUCUGUAUUGUCCUAGGUUUUCUCCUGUGACAAGUGGAAUUAAACUAUGCUGAACAAAAAUAAAAAAAAACAUAACAGACAGAAAAAAAAAUAGCAAAAAUAUAGGAGCAAGAGGCCAUUACUUCUCUGCAUGAAAGCCUCGGCAAGGAGUACCAUGUGUUCUUCCAUCUGUGCAGAAGUUUUGUUAAGUGCUCUGGAUCAAAAUCUCAGAAAGAAGGGACACCAGGGAUUUUAUUUCAGAGCAUCGUGUUGUACAGCACAAACAAGAAAAGUUUCAGUGAAUUUUGCAUCCCUAUUCUUGUUUUCCACCACAGGGAUAAAUAAUGGAUGAGCAACCUCAUAUUUUAUUGCCAAGUGUAAAUAAAUGAUUCAUUUCUUUUCUAUGUGUAUAUGUAUAUUUAAACAGCUGCUUAUAAUCAAAUUAUAGAUUCUACUAGCUCAUGACCCAGAGUUCAGUUCAUGAUCCACGAGGAUGAAAAUUUACAAUAUGAAUCAGCAAACGGUUCUGCUUUCUCAGCACAUGCACGGUGAAGUGCGAUUUUGUAUGCAUUAUUCAAAAAAAAAAUGCAAUACACACCAUAAAGGAGAAACUCCUUAUUUUCUGGCUUGGUGCUCCAGCAUUUCCCAAUAUUAGUUACCACUGAUUAUUAAAACAUCCAGUGUCUCAGUAAGAUCAUUUAGAUUAUAGUCUCAUAAGGGUGUCUAGUGCUCGCUGAACAGCCAUUUGUGCAGCUCUGUGCAUGCUUUCAUGUCAUGACCAUCACUAGAGUAUAUAAAGAUCAAACAGUGUGAGUCCUACAAAAGCUUAUGAGAUGUUUAGUUACUUGACAGCUUUUAACACUUGUGUCCUUCUGGAUACAGGAUUCCACUUUUUGCUCAUUUUGUCACAAUUUGUAUUUCACUUGCUUGCACUGAAAACUGCUCCACAGCCUCUUGAAACUGUUGGAAAUAGGUCCAUUGAUUUCAGCAGGUUUUGCAUCAGCUGCAGGGGGACAAGAAUGGGCUAUUUCCAAAAUUGUUGGUGUUACUUGACUGAAAUAUAAGUGACCACAGCCUUUUAAACAGAGAUAGAUGGAUUAAGAAGCAACACAAGGACAAAUGCUAGCACAAUCUCCAGGGUAAUAUCUGUUCCUUCAGUCUCAUAUUUUGAGUCCAAAUCUUUCACAAUAUCUAUUCAGUUAUUGAUUACAUUUUCAGGACGAAAAGGAGACAUUGCCAUAGUUUCUGAUCUAUUUUAUUUUCAUCUUUUCUUGUUCCUUUGGAACAUCCAGAUAUAAAUUUGGAAGGGAAACUGUGUUACAUUUAUUACAUGAAGUUACCUUCUGAACUCAAAACUCUUCAAUUUCAUGUUUGAAAUUGAACACCAGCACAAUGAAUCCAAAACUGCAGUCACACUAACCUCAAAAGUUCCAAUACGUAAGACCUGUCUUUUUUUCUUUUUUUUAGUAUACAGCACUGCUAGUUAUGAAACACUCAGUAUUUUGAAACAUAUAGAAGAGUUUGAAAUGCAUCCAUAUGUUUAGCCAAACCACCUACACACAACAAUGUUGAUACUUUUGAUGAUGAUCAGUUAGAAAAAAAAAAACAACAAAACAGAUUUCAAUUUCAUUCUAUUUUCUUGAUGGAAUCUCCUAUCCAACUGUAUUUUCUUAACCAAGACAAAUUCCUCCUCCAGCAAUAAAUUAGGAUUAGGAACCUAUAUGCAAUUUCAAGGUGGCAUUAAUGAGAAUAAAGAGUUAAAAUCAGACUUUUCAGCAUGUUUGAGCUAAACAACCUCACUGGCUUUUGCAGUUA